CGUGUACCGCUGCGUCAACGCAAACGUGACCAAUGCGGAGCGGGUUCCCAACGGUUUGAAGUUCAAUGGGGUCGGUGGAGGGGCGGUUUGGCCGGUGGCUCGGCAGGGGCAGACCCGACGGUACCAGUUCGCAAACUACCGGUUCACGUUGGUGGCGACGGUAACGAUUGACGCGCUUCCGAAGGACGCGAGCCCUGUGCUGGGGGCGGGCCUGGAAGGCCCCGGCGACACCAAACUCCUGGGGCUGUCGUACGACAAGAAUCGCCAGUGGCAGCCACUGUACGGAGCAGCGCCGGUGUCGCCGACAGGAUCGUGGGAACUGCACAAGAAGUACCACGUGGUUCUCACGAUGGCGGACAGGCAGGGCUCUGUGUACGUUGAUGGCCAGUCUCUGGCGGGUUCGGGGAAUACCAUCGUGCGGGGCGCGACAUUGCCCGACAUCUCCCACUUCUACAUUGGCGGGCCUCAGAGUAAUGGUGCACCCACGGACAGCCGUGUGACGGUGACGAACGUUCUUCUUUACAACCGUCGGCUGAGCGCCGGCGAAAUCAGGACCCUGUUCUUGAGCCAAGACAUGAUUGGCACGGAUGGUGACGCUGGUAAUGCCGCUUAG